AUUUUAUCCUAUCUAGUUGGCUUUCAUGUUUAUUUAAUCUGUUUUCUCAAAUUAAAAAUGAGUGCUAAAAAGGCUUGCAGUCCCAUUGAUGUUUCAAUUCCACAAACAAAAAUGGAUGUCAAAUCGGCAAAACAAAGUGGAAAACAUAUUCCUGGAAAAAGAUUUAGAUAUAUGAUUAUGUUUAUACUUUUGUCUGCGUUUGUCAUUGCAAUUGCACUUUUUCUUCUAUUUUAUGAUUACUCUGAACCUUCCGACAUAAAUCCUCAAGCUCAUCUUGCAAAUUCUACAACAAAAGAUCCAUUUAUUUCUUCAACAAAAACUCAUGAAAAAUCUACAAAAGUGCAUGUCCACACUUCUUCAACUCCUUAUCCAGUCACGCAAACUAACCCGAUAAGGAGGUUGAUUUUUGCACAUACCAUCUUUCGGCAUGGCUCACGAGCUCCCAGCAAAAACGCGAACAACACGUAUUAUCCGAGAGGCAGAGGACAGUUAACUGAUCGAGGAUACAAUCACUCAUUUAUGUUAGGAAGAUUUCUCAAGAAACGAUAUGUCGGCACGGGAUUUUUGAGUGAUUUUAUGAAACCUAGUGAGAUGGAAUGGAGAUUCCGUGCUGUAGAAAGAUGCUUAGCAACUGCAUCUGCUGUUGCUGCAGGCAUGUUUAAGACGGAAGAACGAAAAUGGCUGACUGUGCCUAUUACGACAAACCAUGCAAAUCAAGAUAAAUUGUUGAAUACUCCAGUUCAUUCUUGUGACAUCUUUGAGAGUGCAAUGGAAAAAGCUUGUCCAAACCUAGAAGCUGACAAUCAUCGUGACGAAAGUGCAAUAAUGUAUGAGUGUGCUGGUUCAAAUCAUCCAAUUUUCCAGAAAAUCAGUAUCGAUGAUUCUGACAAGUACAUCAAUGACUAUAAGAACAAUGUUCCCGUGCCGGAUUUCAUUUGUGAAAACAUCGAAGUCAUAUCUGAAGAAUAUAUGAAAUAUCGAAAUUUAAAAAACGGCAUUGGGAAACCAGUAAUUAUUAAGUUUCGGUUCGGCGUGCUUAUUGAUACACUGUUGGAGAAUUUAAAAACUGCUUGGACAAACAAUCUUGCGAAUAAAGAAAGUUUAAAAUUCAAAGUUUAUUCAACUUUGGUCCUAAAGAAGAACCAAACUACAAUGCAAUGAUUCUAAUGGAGCUAUGGAGUGAGAAUGAAAAGCCAUUCGUGAAGUUUUACUAUAAACCGGAAGAGGUUACUCUGGAAGACCAUAUUCUACAAGAUUUGACUGGUAUCAUUCCAGGAUGCCCAGGGAAAAAAUGUUCUCUGAGGAAUUUGAAUAAAUGCUGUGAUAAUACC